AGCCCCACCUCCUGCUGCAACAGCAGCUCUACCACUCCCCUCACCUCCAGCCCAUUCUGUGAACAUGACAGGAAGACAUCAGGCAACAAGAGACACACAGCCCUGCCUCUAACAAGGAGCAGCCAGCAUCUCUGGGCGUCUCACAAGCAGCAGCCAGCAUUUUGUCUCCAUCAUCAGCAACGCAGGUCCCAUCACCAUGAUAUCUCCUUAUGGUAUGCAAUUAUUCCAAAAUACGGAAAAAUCCGAUAUCCAAAAUACCUCUGGUCCCAAGCAUUUUGGAUAAGGGAUACUCAACCUGUAUCAAAAAAGCUUCAUACAUGAAUGUAUAUAAUUCACAAAAUAGGGUGUUUUUUGACUGCACAUAAUGGCGGCACAUGACAUCACGACUUUGUGUUUAUACACCUUAUUCAUCUGGUUGUGCACAGUUACUGGAUAUCUGUGUGACCAGUGCAGAGAGGGGGCCACGCUCACUGGUGCAGCUAUUACCCCUAACCUAGAGAAGACACGCCUAAUGAGAGUGCCCAGUGCUAGAACUAUGUCAGACUGCACUACAGCCUGUUGUAACCAUUCAGGCUGCGAUCUGUCCUGGAUGUUGGGCAGGCAAUGCUAUAUUGUCAACUGUCAGCAUAAAGAGAGUUGUCGACCCCAAAAGCUAGACAGCAUGCAAUCUUACCUAACAUUUGUCAUAAGGCCUUCUCCAAGAUUUAUUCCCCUACCUUUCUAUGAAAACUUUGCCCCCAAUCGAGAAUAUUUAUUGGGAAAUCAGGACGACCCUAAGGAUGAUAUGGUCAGUCUUAAAGAACUAUCUUCCCUAAUUAAAAGCCCCACCCUUGAGGAUCUGACUGACUACGCAGAGGACUAUAUUGGCCCGCAGAUGGAUUUCCUUCAUCUAAGCAGUCAGGAAGAGGACAAAGUAAGAUCUGACGUAGACUAUAUAGGCUGGCUUUUGCCAGAAGUAGAUAAGAAUGCCACUGUUGUAGAAGUUGGCAGACGCAAUUAUGAUGCAGCAGAACAUCCCAGAGAAGAGCCCUCAAUGAGUAAUGUGGAUGUGAACAAUAGUUCGGAGACAUCAUCUGGAGCUCAUUUAACUCCUACUAUAACACAAGCAGAGACUGUUUUGGCAAGGGCAAGGAUAACCAAUCCGAAUUUUCAAAGACAGCUUCCGACUCUUUUGCCUAAUUCUUCAUCUCUGGAUAAACAAGUGUUGGCUGGUGACGCUGGGAAAAGUGACAAUAAUACAUUUAGUUGGAUAACAGAACAUCAGGAAGUCACAGAACACACAACCAAUACUGAACCACUGUAUCCCACUGCUGCUCACAAUGUUUCACCCACCUCCUCUGCCCAAGUGCACAAGCAAGCUGUAACGGUGUCUACUGCAGGCAACAUUGAAGUGACUUUGCCGACCCAUGAUGUUCAGCUUGAUGCCUUUGUACGUCCUGAAGCACAAGCAGACAUGCCAUAUACAUUUGAGUGGGAGAUGAUGAAGCAGCCAUCAGAUUUCCAGGGAGAAUUGAAAACGAAAAAUACAAGAUCACUGGUAUUGUCAGAACUUACAGCAGGCCUGUACACACUGAGAGUGACUGUAUCAAGAGAAGAUGUUCUUGGAGAAGGAUUUGUUAACGUUACCGUUAAGCCAGCAGCCAGAAUCAAUCAGCCUCCAGUUGCAGUUGUAUCUCCGAUAGCACAGGAGGUAUCAUUACCUACACCUUCGGUCUUUAUCGAUGCAACUCAAAGCACAGAUGAUGUUAAAAUAGUAGCGUAUCAUUGGGAAGAGAUUAGAGGACCUUUACAAGAACUGAAGACAUUAGGAGAUCAACCAGUCUUGCAUUUGUCUGAUCUGGUAACUGGAAACUAUACAUUUAGGUUAACGGUAACUGACUCUGAUGGAAGCACAAAUUCUACUGAAGCCUGUGUCACAGUGACCGAUCCUGUGGACAACCCACCUAUUGCCAACGCUGGAACCAAUCAAGUCAUAACCCUUCCCGAAAAUGACAUCACUCUGAAUGGAAAUCUGAGCAGUGAUGAUCACCAGAUUGUCAGCUAUGAGUGGUCUCUGAGCCCCAGUAGUGCAGGAAAAGUGGUGGCCAUGCAGGGUGUGCACUCUCCAUAUCUUCAAGCUACUGCAAUGCAGGUUGGAGAUUAUACAUUUCACCUAGUAGUGACUGAUUCCUCCACGCAGCAAGCCACUGCCCAAGUGAUGGUGACUGUACAGCCUGAGAGUAACAGUCCGCCAGUAGCAGAGACCGGGCCUGAUAAAGAACUGACUUUCCCAGUGAAAUCUACUACUUUAGAUGGGAGUAAAAGUAGAGAUGAUCACGGCAUUGACUCCUAUGAAUGGGACAACAUCAGUGGUCCAUCUGUGGUGAGCAUUCAGGACAGUGAGAAACCAGUGGCUGUUGUGUCUGACCUGCAGAUUGGUACAUAUCGCUUUCUAUUGACUGUCAAAGACCAUCAAGGAUUACACAGCACAGCUAUUCUCUCUGUAACUGUCAAGGCAGGAAAAAACAGCCCUCCUAAAGCUUAUGCUGGUGGGACACAUGUUCUUGUGCUUCCUAAUUGCUCCAUUUCAUUGGAUGGAUCAGAGUCUGUUGAUGAUCAGGGAAUAGUGUCAUACCAGUGGACGAGAGAUGGCCAGAGUCCAGCAGCCGGGGAUGUGAUGGACUUAUCUGAGCACAAGCCAGUCCUGCAGCUCAGCGGCCUAGUAGAAGGAAUAUAUCUCUUUCAUUUGAAGGUCACGGAUGCCAAAGGAGAGUCCGCUACUGACACGGCAACAGUGGAAGUGCGUCCUGAUCCGAGGAAACAGAACUUGGUAGAGCUGAUUUUACAGGUGGCAGUCGGUCAGCUGAGUGAGCAACAGAAAGACACCUUAGUGAGACAGCUGGCCGUCCUCCUCAAUGUACUGGACUCUGACAUUAAGGUUCAGAAGAUACAAGCACAUUCAGAUUUAAGCACUGUAAUUUUAUUCUAUGUCCAAAGUGGACAUAAAAUACGAAAAGCAUCGGAUGUAGCCCGCACACUGCAGAAGCAGCUGCUGAAGGAGAAGGCAGAUUUCCUACUCUACAAGGUGAUCAGAGUAGAUGCUGCUGUCUGUCUUUUGAAAUGCUCGGGCCAUGGACACUGUGAUCCAAUCACAAAAUCCUGUCUUUGCUAUGCGUUUUGGAUGGAGAACUUGAUCCAGCGUUAUAUAAGUGAUGGAGAGAGUAAUUGUGAAUGGAGUGUCCUUUAUAUCAGUGUGCUCACAUUCGCCUUGGUUGCCUUCCUGAUGGGUCUAACUUGGUUUUGCAUUUGCUGCUACAAGAGCCGCAAAAGGACAAAAAUACGGAAAAAAACUAAAUAUACAAUCCUGGAUAACUUUGACGAGCAAGAAAGAAUGGCACUGAGACCCAAGUAUGGUAUAAAACAUAGGAGCACAGAGCACAACUCAAGUCUUAUGGUAUCGGAGUCAGAGUUCGACAGUGAGCAAGAUACAAUUUUCAGCCGUGAGAAGGUGGAACAUGAAAACCCCAAAAAUCUCAGUAGCGGACCCCUCAAAAAUGGAACACCUUUUAACUUUAGCUCUAAGUGCAGAUAAACUAAGAGAGGGAUAGUAGAAAUGUGUUUCCAGGGUCAGGUGUUUAAUCGCACUUAAAAUUGGAAAUGUUGAUGACUUACAAAUUUUUAAAAACAUUAUUGCAUAAUUAAACAUUUGCAAAAUAUCUGUAAGAUUGACAUUGCAGCUGUUUAUUUAUCAAAAUGAUUUUAGUAGAAACAUUAAAAUAUUUUCACUGUGCGUUACAUCGCUACUUCUAAAUACAUUGGCCACAUAUGUGUUAAGACUGACAAUAUACGGCUCUUACAAAUAUGCUGGAAAGGGGUUUAGAACAGGCUCAGCACAUGGGCGUAUAAUACCCCUUUCACAUAUAAACCCUGGCUCAGAUCCCGGUCACUGAACACGGGUCAAAGCUGGGGUUUCAGUACUUACUGCCUUUCACACAUGGGUGACGGAUCCGGCUUAUUCCUGGGUCAUCACUGUUCACAACAGACCUGGGUCUUCCAGCUUAUAGUGGAGACUUGGAGAUGAUGUCAUGUCCAAUCGCUACUGUCCCCGCCAAUCAGCUUCUAUUAGGUGUGACCCAAGUAAUGGCAUUCACACUACAGGCGACUUGGGUUGGUCCCGGGAGUAAUCCUGGUACUGAGCAGGUCUGGUCACAUGUAGCCGAGACCCAGGUCGAAAGGCUAAGUGUGAAAGGAUAUUAACCAACAAAGGUGAUUUUUAUGAAGAAUAAUCCGUUUUAUUUAAGAUUUUAUGAUAUAUUUGUUCAGCUGAACAUACUACUCUAUCUUACAGGGAUAUGUGAGGAAAUCUCCAUAUUUAUGCUUCUAAUACUGUGCUAUAUACAUGUAACUGAAUAAUUUGUCUAAAAUGUUAAUAUGGAGAUGUGCAACAAAAUGGAGUUAUUUGCAGAAAUGGACGAUGUUUUUUCAGUAAAAGUUUGUACUGUUACCACUUUUAA